GUACCGGUGCGUGUCAGAGCCGGCCGGAGCAUACGCGGUCGCUCCCGGGGCCGCUGGGCCGCGGCCUCCUCCGACCGUACCGGCGUCGUCCCCUUCCCCGCCCACGCGUUCCUUCCCCGCCACUAAGCCGUCGCUACCCCUGCAGCACGGCGUCUGCAAGUGCACACCACCUCCUCUCGCGCUCGCAGGAGCCGCCCCAACGCAAGCGCUACAGGACGUUCUGUAGAUGGAGACUCGCUCCAGUGUCGUACGCAUCCAAAUCGGCUGGCCGCACAUUCGCCGGGGCGUUCAGCCACCGGAGCACGACGGGCUCUGUUGUAUCCUGCGCAAAAUCCUACACCAUCUUACUGCCGAUUUACAAGAGAAGCACCUGGACUUUGAGCCUGAGGUUGUGAUCAUAUUGUUGGACUGAAAAAGCAGUUCCAGAUCGUGUUCUGACUUCUGAGUCCACGUGCAGGACAGGCUAAUUUGGUAGAUAUAUGGAGCAUAGUGGACUGGAGAGUAUGCAUGCUGGAAGAGAGAAAGCAACAAAUUUACCAUGCGCAAGUUUGGAGAACAUCAUGGAAGAUUCAUCUUAUGAGCGAAUAAAUAGCCAGGGUGUAUCUCGGCGUGUUUACAAGGUGAUUACAGGGUCCUGCGAGGCACUUGACGUCCAUCCACUCGAACUCCGCUUUCCUUUGGAUUACAACGCGUUAAUCCCGUGCCCGCUUCACCUAACAAAUAACACAGAUGAACAAGUGGCAUUUAAACUUAAGCCAAAGAGAGGGAUAUAUUCAUGCUUCCGUAAUAUUCCACUGUAUGGUGUUGUGCCGCAGUGGUCUACUUACACUCUCAUUGUGAUAAUGACACCGCCGGCUAAGCUGUCAGAAGAUACAGAUUUUGAUCUGAUCCUGCAGAGUAUUAAAUUUGGGGAGGGUAUCAUCCAAGGCCAAUGUAAUGACCGAUUUUUUGAGGCAGCCAAAGAGGUGGGCACUGUGAUGCAUGAGGUGACAUUAAAAGCUGUUUCUGCUCCACAAGGAGAGACAAUAUAUAAGCACACCAUCCCACCUGUAAUGAAGGUCAUAUCUGUAGAAAGAGCUCGUCAGGAGCUGUAUUCCAUAGAUGCAAAUCCAGAAAAGUCAUGGAUUAUAAUAGGUCAUUCCGGUGGAUAUGUCCGUAUAUGGGACUAUGUCACACAGAGAUGGAGGGGUCCAAUACAAAUCUCUAGGGGCCCAGUUGACUGCAUUAAAUUUAUUGCUCGAAAGCAAUGGUUUGUGGCUGGGUCCUCUGAUGGUAUCCAUGUACAAGAGGAAGCAAUAAAAAAGAAGAAAAUCCAGAGAUUCAGAGCUCGUGUUAGCUCUGUCACAUCACUGGCCGUUCAUCCAACCAAGCCGUAUGUGCUUUCAUCAUCCUAUGGCGGACUGAUAAAGCUUUGGGACUGGGACAAGGGAUGGGAAUGCAUAACAACAUUUGAAGGGGAACACUCUGAUGUUGUAUGUCAACUCGCAUUUAAUCCAAAUGACACAAGCAGUUUCGCUAGUGUGUCGAACGAUCGCACAAUAAAGGUUUGGGGUCUUGAUUCACCCAAAUCCCAUUACACUCUGUCUGGCCAUUCAGAUAAUGUGAAAUGCCUGGAUUUCUUCACACGUGAUGAUGGGCAAUAUUUGAUUACUGGUUCUGUUGAUAAUACUGCCAAGAUAUGGGACUUGCAGAAAAAGACGUGCAUUCUUACACUGGAAGUUUUUAGGUCUCCAGUCAUUUAUGUCUUCUCCCAUCCCAAUCUUCCAGUUCUAAUUACAGGUACAAGAAAUGGCAUCAUUUAUUUGUGGAGCUCCACCGAUUUCAGGCUUAGGGGAAUUCUCAACAUCUUACGUGGGGCAGAUGUUAUGGGUCUUGCAUGCUUGAUGGAGUCAAGGAGGGUCGUGAUUGGACAAAGCCACGCCAUAUCUAUAGUGGAUAUUGACGAUGAAGAAACAAUUGGUAGCAAGGGCGACUUCGAAAGCUCCAUAUGAGCUGGCUGACCGAUGUCAUCUUUUGGUUUCGGUACAUUGAUCACUAUGGCUAUAGGAUUAUGAUCGGACAUAGGGAUGGAUUCGUAGUUAUGGAGGUUAACCAUGAAGGCCAUUUUGUUGGCACGGACGGCAGAGAAAAUUCCACAUGUUAUGAUUAACAUGUGGAGAAAUUAAUCACCGUCCAUGUUGACCAAGUUCAGGCGGAUAUAGAAAAUCAGGCUACCUUAUGUUUGGUUGUUUCUCCAGGAAGCCUACCAGCUGGCAACCAAGAUUUGUUUUAAGAAGUUGAUGGUACAAAUAGUUUCUCGGUAAUGAUACUCAUUCUUGGUGUAGCGGAAUACUAAUGCGCUAUGCCAGUAUAUAUGUGAUUCUGUGGUUGAAGCACAGUGGUUCAUUUGUGUGUGAUUCUGUAUCCACAUGAUACAUCUUGAGUGUUCACAAUGUAGUUUAUUUGUACGUGUGACUUUGUCACUUGCACUUCUGACUGAAGCCACAUGAUAUCAUGAACUCGAGGUCUUCACCGAUCGCAGUUGCAUGCUUGAA